CGUACGAGUAGUGCCGUACGUUCGAUCGUCAUCGGUUCUUUGCGUUUAACGGUGCUACACUCCUGGCACGCAUCUUUCUCUUUCUUUCUCUCUUUCUCUCUUUCUGUCUCUUUCUCUCUCUUACUCUUUCUCUCUAUUUCUCAUUCUCUCUCUGUCUCUUAUCGAAUAGGAGACUAUUGGUCCAGUCCCAGCAUCCUCGUAGCUUUGAUCAUACGAAAAUCCACAAAAAAAUCCAACGUAUCUGAUAUUUGUUCAUUGUUGAUACGGUUGAUCGGUAUAGUGAAAUUCUUUAUUCGUGUGUUAUUUCCGGGACACGCCUUUUCCAUCUCCUUCGAUAUAUCGAAGAUCGUUGCUCAUCGGUGAGAACGUUCGACGAGAGAAAAAAGAAAUCGUCUUCUUUUUAUUUUCUUUCUUUUUUCUCACUCCUUUGUCGCCAAACGUUAUGAGAUCUAAUAAUCGAUAUCGUAAUCGAUAUAUUUGAUUAACAGAAUUGCAUGUGUGUAUACAUAACAGGGUUGUUUUCUUUUAUUAAUUUUCUUAUUUUUUUCUUAAUAGCUUUGUUCCUUUCUCUUCUUCUCGUUUUUUUCUUUUCUCCUUUUUUUUUCGUAUUUUCUUUCCUUCCUUUUUCUUUUUUCUCCACCCUUUUGAUAUCGAUUUUACUCGUGAGAAAUCCCGUGAUAUCUCGAUUUUGCUUGCUCUCGAAGUAAAAGGAAUGCGUUUUUACUGUAGUUCGCUGAAGCAUCGCGAGAGAGAAGGUCACGCAUCGUGAAAUACCUUUACGACGUUUAUAUACCUUUCUUAUUCGCAGACUUUGCUAUCUCCUUUCGUGUAUCAUCCUUUUUAUUCUCUUCUUCUUCUUCUCUCUCUUCUUUUUAUUUCUUUUUAUUCUUAUUAUUAUUCUUAUUUUCCUACGACUAGUUCGAGAUUCGAAAGAGAGGACUGACUCUCAUCUUGGAACGUUUGACCGACUACGGUGGUUUUAAUGUUGUACGUCAGUUGCGGCAGGUCACGAGGAACGGCUCUCAAGAUGGCCUACAUUAUACUACUUCGUUCUUAUCGUUGACCAGAAAGAAAGAAAAAGAGAAAAGGAGAAAAAGAAGGACGGAGAAAGGGACAGAAACGGAAACGGAGAGACAAAGAGAGACAGAAAGAGAGAGAGAGUGAGAGAAAGAGAAGAGAAAGAGAGAGAGAGAAAGAGAGAAAGAAAGAAAUCUUACCGAUCAGAAGAAUCGAUUCUUCAGCUUUUCGCAAAGUUCGAUUCUCGAAAAGAGAAAUGGGCCAAGCUUGGUGCAAAGAAAAGACCUCAAAGGCUCAGGAUUCGAAAUCCCCUUUGGAUAGAGUCUUCGUUCGAUGUGCUCAUCGGAUUUAUCCAAGCUUAAAAGAAGAGGGUUCGGUGCUCGGUGGUGCCACUCAAAGAGUAACGAGCUCCGAGAUUGGAUAUGCUGGUUCACCACCCAGAGAUGUCCUCACAAGGGGCAGAAGCAUCGACUCAGUCGACAGACCCUUUCAACCGAGCGAUUGGGUGGACGUCAACUUGGAGGUACCCAGUACACCUAGAGCUAACUCGGUUCUCACCAACUUGACCAUCGACACGAAUCUUUACCCACCUACGACUACUCCCACGUCUAUCCGUUCGAAUAAUUUGAAAGACGUGACACCGGUGCCACCACCAAGACGAAAGAAGCGAAACAGAGGUAGACCAUUGCCACCGAAACCGGACGAAAUUCUAGAGAAAACGAGCAGCAAUUUGCGUCACGUAGAUUCAAACGAGGAGCCGUUAUAUUCCUCGGUAGUGAGUAACUCGCCGAGAACGUUGCUUGACGAUUAUGCGACGAUGGACGAUGUCGUUGGUGGAUGUCGCGAGCAGUCACACGAUGAAGGUAGUACCUUCCGAAGUCAGACGAAUGGAACGAGAGAUUCACGGGUGAACGAGUAUUCAAAGGGUGUAAUGCCUGAGGGUAGAAGGACGAAGGAGAUAUACGAGCACAAGGUUAACGGUACCGGAAGAAUAAUAUCGAGCGACGUGGUUUCCGGCAAAAGGUUGUCCCACAACGAUAGGAAGACAUCGAAAAUUUUUAAUCAACAUAAAACACCUAUGACCGAUGACGAUAUUAACGACGAAUACGAAAGAUUCGUUAAUGGACGUGGUAUCAAGGAUUCGUCGACUCCGAAUCGACAUGAUGAGGAUAUUCGUAAAAGGACCAAGGAAUUUAUGCGUAAUCGGCAUAUAGAUGAUUCUACAAGGGUAGAUGUUAAAAUAAUGGAGCUUAAUGUCAGACCAAAGAACUACAGCACCGUUAGCCUUCCGAAUUACGACGAGUUGGAUGUAGUUAGACACGCGACGAAAAGGACCAAGGACGAAGGAGAAGGAGAGGACGAGAAAAUAAGAUCGAGGAGACCCGUCAGGAGCAGCACGGGAUCUCUUCCGGUCGAAUCUUUCCUUCUACCUUUCUCACAGAAAACGAGUAUCCGAUUGGAGGACUAUAUUCAACGUCAUGGAAGCACUGAAAAUCUAUCAGAGUAUCAGGUACUAGAGGGAAAGCUACCUUGCAGUGAUGCCAAUAGCGAGACUGAAUUCUUGAAGUACGAUCCGAGUAAAUUGGAGGAUUGGGACCUUGGUGACAUCGGUAAUUGCGAAUUGAACCACAGGCAAAGGCCCCUUGAGUGUUCAGAGACAUCAGAUCGUGAUGUAGUAGAUUUUCACCAGACGCGUACAAAUACGAACGAAUUGCAAAAGCCAAUGUCCUUUGGGAAACCAAUAGAGUUAGUUCAUGAGGAAUCCAAACUUGAUGAAACAUUACGAGAACGGGACAGAUGCCCGCAAGAAGAAUCGAAAGAAAUAUCGAAACCAGAUCGACCGCCAUCGUGCAGAGAUACACUUUGCUUGAAUCAGAACAAUACUUUUUACUCAGAUGCAAUGGACGAUUCAGGAUGCAGUAAGAAGAAAGAGGAUUCAGAAAAUUUCGAUCGAUCUGAUUCAAAGAGGAUGAUGAUAUUCGGUAGAAGUUUAUCGAACGAGAGCGAACCUUGCGAUCCUAAUGAGAUGUCCUGUGAAACGAAAGAAUUACGUCCACGUGAUACAAGUAAAAUAAUCAGUACGAUAUCGGAGGAAUCAUUAUCGAACGAAACAUUAAUCGAUAAGGAUAAAUUCAUCGAGGAUGAGGAGAGAGAUUUGAAAAUGAAGAAAAUGAAAACUCCACCACCGAGUCCGGAGAAUAAAAUAAAAUCUGAUAACAACGACAACGAACAUUCGGUACUUUUGAAGGUUUUAAAGGAGGAAGCUGCUGACGGUAGUAACUUUAGUUCGAUGACACCGAGUUUGACCGAAUUGGAAGUGGCAUUGUCGGAUAUGUUGGAGAAAGAACAAAACGAUCAGGAAAACGUCAAAAAUGAAAAUGUAUAUAUAGAGAAGGAAGGGAAUAAUAAUAAUAAUAAUAAUAAUAAUAAUAAUAAUAAUAAUGCUAAUAAUAAUAAUAAUAAUAAUAAUAGAUCGUUGUCACCAUCUAAAAACGAAGAGAUCGAAACGACAUUGAUUACGAUCGAGAAGAAAAAUUGUAAGGAACGUCUUUCGGUUUCGUUGGACGAUAUUCUAAAGCCAAAAAUUUCAUCGAACAAUAAUCGAAGAAAGGUAUCGUUUUGUGCGUGGGAAGAAAAGGGUUCGUACGAAGAAGAGGAAACUAUUGUCAAUAAGUACGAAUGUACGAAAAACGAGAAAUCUCAUUCGUCGAAUCUGCAACGUACAAGUCAGGAAGAUUCGAUCGAGAUAGAAAAAUCCGAGGAUACUCCUACGCCACCGAGAAGAAGACACAGACCUUCUUGUCCUUCGGGAAUCCUCAAGGAGGAUCAACGAAACUCUACAAAUGGUGCCAAGACGCAUACGGAUGCGAUCGAACACGAUGAUAGACUCAUUUGAUCUCGAUGCGAUCGAUUUUCUUACACGUUCGUUUUAGUUCGUUCAUAAAUAUAUUAUAUUGUGUAAUAUAUUUAUAUAAUAUAGUAUAUAAAUAAUAAUAUAUUUAUGAUUAUAUUAUUAUUUAUAAUUAUAUAUAUAUAUAUAUAUAUAUAUAUAUAUAUAUAUAUAAUUUAUUUCGUGUAUCGUUACCCUUGUCGGGUUUUUUCGUGUUCAUUUCUUUUUUUUUUUUUGUAAUUUUUCCUCCGUUUUAUUUUUUUGCUUCUUUUAUUUUUCUUUUUUUCUCUCGAUCUAUCUCACACAAUUUUUUUUCGAAAGGAAACGCAUGUGUAAUAAGGACGAAGAAACAAUUCUAUAUUGAAGUUAUCAUAGAAUUCAUUGUCAAUGACAAUGAAGUGUUUUCACUACUUUUCCUCUCAUUUUCUUAUCCUCGAACUUUCGAAUUCUUUUGGAAGAGACAGAGAUAGAGAAAGAGAGAAAAAGAGUGACAGAGAUAGAAAUAGAGAUAGAUAGAUAGAGAUAAAGAUAAAGACAGAGAGAGAGAGAGAGAGAGAGAGAAAGAAAGAGGCCAGAUUUCGUAAAAGUUUUCACGGAUUUCUCAUUCGCACGCUCGUUAAAUUUGUUUCGGAGAUCUCGAAGAGUCGAAAGUAUUUCUCCGAAGAAAUCGUCCGUGAACUUUUCCUUUCCGGUCAGAGUUCUUUCUUCAACUCAACGAAUACUCUGUGCUUUUGGAGAACUUUCUAACGAACUUGUGAGGUUUCGCGAUUGUCACGUGAUUUUACUUUCUUAUGCGUGGUAAAAAUCGGGAUUUAAUUUUCCCUUUUUUUUUCUCCUCCAUUUCUUUUUUUCUUUUUUCUCUUCUUUUUUCAUCAUUGAAAAAAUAUUUAAAGAAAAGAGUGCUCGUCAUUAUCAAUUGAUUUGCCGUUCGUUUCGUUUGCUUAACGUUUGAUAGAAGACGCACGUACGUCGUUAGAUUAUAUUAUUUUUAGCUCGAUAGAAACAAAUAAUUCAGUAAGGGAUGAUUCAGUUUCUUUUCUUUAUUUAUUUAUUUUUUUUUUUUUUUUAUAAACGUAUUCGACAUUUUGUAUGUUACGAAAAAUAUUUUCGACAACGAGGAUGCGAUCAUUCCUUUCUUCCUUUUUGUUCUCUCUCUUUCUUUUUUCUACUCUUUUCUUUUCCCAGAAAAUUUUAACGGAAAGAAAAAAGAAAUUUACGCACGAGGGAGACAUUGCUCGUACGUGAAUUAUUCCGUCCUUUUACGUAAAAAACAUAAGUGAUGUUUAAAAGUUAAUUGUGUAAAUAAAUUGUAAAUCGCAUUUGAAAAUAUAUGUAUGUGUAGAUACUUGAAAUAAUUAGAUAUUUCUUGGCCGUGACGAGUAGAUAUUUAGAACGUACGAGGAACCAAAAUGAAGAGUUGUGAAAGAAACGUCGAAUGAAAGAAAAAGAAAGAAAGAAGGAAAGAAAGACAGACAGAAAAAGAGAGAGAGAGAGAGAGAGAGAGAGAGAGAGAGAGAAAGAGAGAAGACGUAGAAGAAAAGUGAGCUUUUUAAGGGAAGGAAAAAGUUUUGCGAACCUGAACACUCCGAGUGGUCUUAAUUUCGUCGACGUUUCGUUUCGAGAGCGAUUCCUUUCUAAACUUUUAGACUCUUGUAACAUAAUGUAAGUACGUAUACAUACAUACAUACGUAUAUAUAUAUAUAUAUAUAUAUAUAUAUAUAUAUACACAUGCACAGAGAAAUAUCUCUAUACCUGUAUGUACAUAUAGUUACUGUGGUAAAAAAGAGAAACGAACUAAAAAGUACGUCCCUCUCAAACUGAAUGUAAUCUGUAGAUACUAUAAACGGAAUAAAAAACGAAGUUCUCGAUAUUA